GGGCGGGCUGGAGGAGGAGCCGGCUCCGCGCAGGGGCCGCCCCUUCCCGGCGCGUUAAAAUCAUGGCACUGAAACAGGUUUCCAGCAACAAAUGCUUUGAAGGUUUCCAGAAGGUGUUUGAACACGACAGUGCAGAGCUAAAAUGCAAAAUGAAAUUUGGAAUCUACUUGCCUCCAAAAGCAGAAACUGGGAAGUGUCCUGUGCUGUAUUGGCUGUCGGGGCUGACCUGCACAGAGCAGAAUUUCAUAACGAAAGCCGCCUUUCAACAAGCGGCAGCAGAGCACGGCCUCAUCGUGGUGGCACCAGACACGAGCCCACGUGGCUGCAAUAUUGAAGGAGAAGAUGAAAGCUGGGAUUUUGGCACCGGUGCUGGUUUUUAUGUGGAUGCCACUGAAGAUCCUUGGAAAACAAACUACAGGAUGUAUUCCUACAUAAAAGAUGAGCUGCCUAAACUAAUAAAUGCAAAUUUUCCAACUGACCCUGAACGGAUGUCUAUUUUUGGGCAUUCCAUGGGAGGUCAUGGAGCUCUUAUUCUUGCUCUGAAGAAUCCUGGGAAGUACAAAUCUGUGUCAGCAUUUGCUCCUAUCUGCAACCCAAUUCAGUGUCAGUGGGGGAAGAAGGCCCUUGGUGGAUAUCUGGGACCAGAUGCAAGCAAAUGGGAGGCAUAUGAUGCCACACAGCUUGUGAAGUCCUACUCGGGCUCUCGCCUUGACAUCUUGAUUGACCAAGGCAAAGAUGACCAGUUCUUGUCUGCAGGCCAGUUACUGCCUGAUAACUUCAUUGCUGCCUGCACUGAGCGGAAAAUCCCAGUAAUCUUCAGACUGCAGCAGGGUUAUGAUCACAGCUAUUUUUUCAUUGCUUCAUUUAUUAAUGACCACAUCAAACACCAUGCAAAAUACCUCAAUGCUUGAACAUUUGGAUAUGGGUGCUACCUGGCCAAUAUGAAUCAAGAGAUAGUGGUGAACUAAACAAAAAUCAUUUGCUGAAGUGAUGUUUGUAAAAUGGAACUCUUCUGAUUGAUUGUACUUCUAAGAAAAAUAAAAGUCCUACUUAAUUUGA